AUGGGUGCCGGUUCGAGCCGUCGCGAUGGCGGUUGUUGCUGGACGUUUCGCGAACCGAAAAAUGGCGACACGACGCGUCCGACGCGUUUGCCGUCGAAAUUGCGAAUCAAACUGCGCGGACGCCGCAAUCGCGAGGAGACGUUCGUGUGGGAAGAGGUGCCGACGCCGUCGGUGUGCGAGCAUCGCGACACCGUCCAAUCCGAGAUCACGAUGCCGGCGGCGCCGCCGACGCAGGAACGCCUAAUGCAGAUCAUCAGCUGCUUCCCCUAUCCGACACAACGGCCGCCGACACCCGAACAGUUCGCCUCGCAACAAGAGUACCAUCGGGCGUUUUGCGACGCAUUCGGCAAAUUGGUCCAACCGUUGGCACACAUUCAUUCACAUUUCGAAUUCAUCAUCAACAUUAUUAUUAUUAUUAUUAUUAUGUCGCACCAUCGAACCGGCGCCCAUCUCACCAAAAUCGCCUCGAUCGAUUUGUGCAAUCCGCUCGAAGAGGAGGACGAGGUUGUCGCGCUCGACGGCGAUCCGAAACAUUUGACGUUGAUCCGAAAACGAAGCACAAAAGGCCAUUUGAGCAAAUUUCGACGGCCGCGACUCGGCGAUCUAUGGCACAAACGAUAUCAUGAGGCGAGUUUCGAUCUCGGCCGACGAUUGGGCAUCGGUCGACGGACGCAUUCAUGCAGCGAGGAUAUUAUCGAACCUGUGUCGGUUGAGACGAUGGCGAUCACCGCGCUUCCGAUGGACGUUUGGCUGAAAGAGCGCCUCAAGAAAUGGGUUCAGCUAUCCGGUCAUGAAGGCAGUAUUGUACCGGCGACACCGCACACAUUAUACAAGAAGCAAUGCGCGAAUUGCGGCGAGGGACGAGCUUAUAAGAACAUCUCAAGAGAUCCGUACCUGUUGGGCUUCACACCCAAAUAUUACAACGAGCUUGAGAAGAAUGACGAGCAUUUCAUUGAGAUCGAGGACCUCCUCCAACAAUUUCAGGAUCCGACGAAAGCGGCGAUAAUGGACAUCAAAAUCGGCACACGAACGUUUUUGGAGUCGGAGGUGUCGAACACGAAAAAACGCGCGGAUUUGUUCGAGAAAAUGGUGGCGAUCGAUCCCGAUGAGCCGACGGACGAUGAGCGACAAUGUCGAGCGAUCACCAAACUGCGAUAUAUGCAAUUUCGUGAGCGCGAGAGCAGCACCGCCCAAUUGGGAUUUCGGAUUGAGGCGGCGAAAAAGUUCGACGGCGCGCUUGAGAAGAAUUUCAAAAAGGUCCGAACCGCCGAAGAGGUCUCCAACACGUUUAUCGAUUUUUUUGGAACGCGAAGGAGUCGCGUUUGUAAAUUAUUGAUCGAACGAUUGAAAAGCAUGCGGAAAGCUAUCGAAAAUUCAACAUUCUUCGCGUCGCAUGAGUGUAGCGGCGGAGCUGCUGCGCUUUUGCCGCGAGAGGUCACGAGUUCAAUUCCAUGUCGUCGAUUCUUGUUGCAGGUGGUUGGAAGCAGCAUUCUCAUUGUGUUCGACACGGAGAAGGUUGGAUGUUGGAUGAUCGACUUUGCGAAGAGCUCGCCACUCCCGUCAGGUCGCACGCUCAACCAUCGAACCAAUUGGGUGCCCGGAAAUAAUGAAGAUGGCUAUUUGAUUGGAAUCGACAAUCUCAUCAAGAUUCUCGAAGGACUUCCCGAACAUCAUCCGGAAGACGAGCUUCUCAUCACAGAAGAAGUGAUAUCGAGGCUGCGAAAUUCGAAAACGUGA